CUGCGACGUCUGCGACCCACUGCGACCCGAAGUCAGGUACAAAGAGCAGCGUCGCUCAGACCCGCUCAGUGCGUUUCGGAACGUCGACGUGGAUCGCGCGGCAUAACCUCGCGCAUGAUACGCACGGGGAGGCUCUCUGUGCGAGGAGGCGGAGAAUUCCCGAGAUCCGAGGAUGAAUCGCGUGGACCUGAAGGUCGUGUUGCUCGGUAACGCGAUGGUGGGCAAGACGAGUCUCAUGGAGCGUUACGUGCACGACUCGUUCAACGGCGACAGGCCCUACCAGAACACGAUAGGCACUGUGUUCGCGGCGAAGCGAGUGCAAGUGAACGAUGUGACGCUCGUUAUGGGACUGUGGGACACUGCGGGCAGUGAGAAGUACGACGCGAUGACCAGGACGUAUUAUCGUGGCGCCAAGGCUGCCAUAGUGUGUUACGAUAUCACAAAUUCGAGCACGUUCCAAAGAGCGAAGCACUGGGUGAGGGAGCUCAGGAGUAUCGAGGAGAAUUGUAAGGUGUACCUGUGCGCCACCAAGAAGGAUCUGUGCGACGAGGGCUUCGUGUCGGACGAUCCGGACCUGCAGGGCACUGUGGAAAGGUACGCGAGCGGUACGCAGACCAAACUUUUCGUAACGUCUAGUAAAACGGGGGAGAAAACGAACGUAAGCUUGGCAAAAGGGAGCUUAGAAUUUUAUACACGUAAUGUCGUUAGCGUGGCACAAUGCAGCUUCGCGAAAGUAAUUUAUAUUUUUCAACAGAUAGCAAAUUUGUAAGAAAAAGUGUAUGGUACGUGCACAAAUACGAUUAGUUUUAUAUAAUUGAAAUACGAUGCGCAAUAUACAGUUAAGAAAUGUUCCUGAACACGUGGUCCUUGAUCAUUUUAUUUAAAACUGAUUUCUUUGUAGUAAUGUAAAAGACGUUUGUUCAUAAUCGCACAGGAAUGCGAUUAUGAAACUGUUGAUUAUGGAGUCAUUCACGUGCGAUUAUCGCAAUGCGAUUAAGUUCAGCGUUAGAAUCUGUAUGUACACUAGAGGAGGAGGAGGAGAGGACGAAUCACCGAUGCCUUCCCAUGUGAAUUUAAGCACGCGUAGAACACACGUACAUUUUCCAUACACAGGGUGAGGUAAAUAGACCCUUCUCAACCUUGCAACUUUUGUCUGAAACAUUUCUUUCGAAAAUGCGUAGUUUCCGAGAUAUUUAGGGGUUUCCAUACUUUUUCCUCACCCAGUGUGUACAUGCAAAAUGUGUAAAUAUGUUGACAGGUGCACGAAUUUAUGUGGCAGGGCACCACAGUGAUUCCUAGCGUACAGUCAUGAGGCCUGUUCUUUUAUUACUGCACUGCUGAACUAGUGCAAUAAGUUAAAAUGAAACAAAUAGAUUACCUCUCAUUCCAACUCAUUGCACCAGUGUGCACUAGUUCAGGAGUGCAGCAAUAAAAAACAGACCCAUGGUCAGUAAGGUUGUCCGACGUUCUGUGAUAAAUUUCGGAAAUAGUCUACCACGCGAGAGAUUGUAGCUUUUGUUCACGGAUAUGUGCGGUGAUACAUUAUUAAAGCAAAUUGUACGACUAUGUAAUGAUACAUACGAAUAUUCUGAAAAUUCAUUGUAAAAUAAUCGGACAAUCUUUCCGACCGUACAGGAAGCGCGUUUCCCCCCCCCCCCCCAAUUUUAGUGCUCGAUAAAGGCUGUCGCUUACAAAUGUUUCCAAGGAUUCUUCUCCUUUCUUUCGGAAAAACUUGGAAGCACUUUUAGCGGCGGCUUGACCGCAACCAAAGAUGCAGACUUGAUAAUUUCGCUCGUUCGCGAUUGCGAUCUCUCGUUUGCGCGUCGAGUCCCCAGCGCGCGGGGAAUUUUGCUCCUCUCGCGACGCCGAGGAGAGAAGAAGGAAGGACGAAAAUGGAAGAGACGACGAGCAGUCGCGGGUCCACGAUGCGGCAUGCAAACGCGAAGGAGUGAGGAUGUUUCGCGCGUAUUUUCUUGUCUCAAGAUUAUUUAGAUUUUCACGUUCAUUUUGGGCGAACGCCUCGCUUAUGCGUCUUCUCAAAUUUUCCCCGUUCCGAGCCGCGAGUGGCCGCAAGUUGGAAAAUGUCAAAAAUAAUAUAAAUAUAAGAACAUGAUACCACA